AUGUCCCUCUUCCUUGGCAGGGUGAAGCUCUGGGCAGAUACAUUUGGUGGGGACCUCUAUGCCUUGGUGACAAAAUACUCUGGAUCACUUCUGCUAAAGAAGAAGUACAAAGAUGUGGAGUCCAGUCUGAAGAUUAAGGAGGUGGAUGGCUUAGAGCUUGUGAAGAAGUUCUCUGAGGAGAUGGAAAGCAUGCUGCGAAGGAAAGUAGAGGCUGUGAAGAGACUUGUAGAAGCAGCUGAGGAAGCUGACCUCAACCAUGAAUACAACGCUUCCCUGGUGUUUAAUUAUUACAACUCAGUCCUCAUCAAUGAGAAAGAUGAGAAUGGCAAUUAUGUAGAACUUGGGGAUGAAUUUAUUCUGGAUCUCAAUGAACACUUCAACAAUCUGUGGGUGAAUACAUCUAUCAGUAACGUGCAGCUGCCCACCAAUGUCUACAACAAAGAUCCAAGUAUUUUGAAUGGGGUCUACAUGUCAGAAGCCUUAAACCCUAUUUUUGUGGAGAAUUUCCAAAGAGAUCCAACACUGACUUGGCAGUAUUUUGGCAGUUCAACUGGAUUCUUCAGGCUCUAUCCAGGUAUAAAGUGGACCCCUGAUGAAAGUGGAGUAAUUACCUUUGAUUGCCGGAACCGAGGAUGGUACAUUCAAGCUGCCACUUCUCCCAAGGAUAUUGUGAUUCUGGUGGAUGUGAGUGGUAGCAUGAAGGGGCUGCAGAUUGCCAUCGCCAAGCAUACCAUCUCUACUAUUUUGGACACCCUGGGGGAGAAUGACUUUGUCAACAUCAUUGCGUACAAUGAUUAUGUUCAUUAUGUGGAACCUUGUUUUAAAGGGACCCUCGUCCAGGCUGACAGAGACAAUCGAGAGCAUUUCAAGCAGCUUGUGGGAGAGCUGAUGGUCAAGGGUGUGGGGAUUGUGGACAAGGCCCUGAGUGAAGCCUUCAGGAUCCUGAUGCAGUUCCGAGAAGAUGGACAAGGAGGCCUUUGUAACCAAGCCAUCAUGCUGAUCACUGAUGGAGCAGUGGAGGACUACGAGACGAUAUUUGAGAAGUAUAACUGGCCCGAUCGAAGGGUUCGAGUUUUUACUUACCUCAUUGGGAGAGAAGUCACAUUUGCUGACAAGAUGAAGUGGAUUGCAUGCAACAACAAAGGCUACUACACACAGAUCUCCACCCUAGCAGACGUCCAGGAGAAUGUGAUGGAGUACCUGCACGUGCUCAGCCGCCCCAUGGUCAUUAAUCAUGACCAUGACAUCAUCUGGACUGAAGCAUACAUGGACACCACGCAAUUUGCAUUGCAGCCCCAGAGCCUCUUGCUUAUGACCACAGUGGCUAUGCCGGUGUUCAGCAAAAAGAACGAGACCCGAUCUCAUGGCAUUCUUCUGGGUGUGGUGGGCUCUGAUGUGCCUCUUAGAGAGCUGCUGAAGCUGGCUCCCCGAUAUAAGCUAGGAGUACAUGGUUAUGCCUUUCUGAACACUAACAAUGGCUACAUCCUUUCACAUCCUGACCUCCGACCCUUGUACAAAGAUGGAAAGAAAUGGAAACCCAAACCCAACUACAACAGUGUGGACCUCUCUGAAGUGGAAUGGGAAGACCAAGAUGAAAUUCUGAGAACAGCCAUGAUCAAUGGGGAAACCGGAUCUCUCACAAUGGAUGUAAAAGUUCCUGUGGACAAAGGGAAACGGGUCCUCUUCCUCACCAAUGACUAUUUCUUUACAGACAUCAGUGACACACCUUUCAGUCUAGGAAUGGUGCUGUCCAGAGGCCAUGGGGAGUACAUCCUCCUGGGAAAUACUUCAGUGGAGGAAGGACUGCAUGACUUAUUACAACCAGAUCUGACUCUGGCCAAUGAGUGGAUUUACUGCAUCACAGAUAUUGAUCCAGCUCAUCGGAAACUCAGCCAGAUGGAUGCUAUGGUCCAGUAUCUGACUAACAAAGAGCCUGACCUGGAAUGUGAUGAGGAACUGGUGCAAGAGGUCCUGUUUGAUGCUGUGGUGACUGCUCCAAUGGAAGCCUACUGGACAGCUUUGGCCCUUAACAUAUCUGACAAAUCAGACGAUGUAGUGGACAUGGCCUUCCUGGGCACUCGAGCCGGCCUCAUGAGAAGCAGCUUAUUUGUGAGCCCUGAAAAAGUAUCUAACAGGAAGUUCCUGACCCUAGAAGACAAAUCAAGCAUCUUCACCAUGGACCACUUCCCCCUUUGGUACCGGCAGGCUGCUGAGCAACCAGAAGAUUCCUUUGUCUUCAGCGUCCCUUUUGGAGGGGAAGCAGGAUCCGUGACAGUGAGCACAGCUGUGGCUGUGACUGUGGACAAGAAAACAGCCAUUGCUGCAGCAGUGGGUGUGCAAAUGAAGUUAGAAUUACUGCAACGAAAAUUCUGGGCAGUAGUGAACCAGUGCAGCCAAAUGGAUGGAAUCUGUUCACUAAGCUGUCAAGACAGUGACCUAGACUGCUUUGUCAUAGACAACAAUGGAUUCAUUCUUAUCUCCAAGAGAUCCCAAGAGACUGGAAGAUUCCUGGGAGAGGUGGAUGGCUCAGUCAUGACCUAUCUGCUCAACAUGGGGGUAUUCACUCAAGUGACCAUGUAUGAUUACCAGGCUAUGUGCAAAAUGUCCCACCAUCACCACAAUGGGGGAAGGCACCUUCUCAGUCCCAUCUAUUGGAUUGUGACUGCUGCUAAAUGGCUGAUGAGUGAGCUCUUCAUGUUCUUCUUAGAGUGGGGUACAUGGGGCUGCUGGCAGUGGGAGAGCAGGGCAGAGGCCAAAGCCAUCUUCCAUCACUCCCACAAGCACAAGAAGCAAGAUAUAUUGCAACCCUGUGACACAGAGUAUCCUGUAUUUGUGUACCAGAAUUCUAUCAAGGAGACCAAUGGGAUCAUGGAGUGCGGAGGCUGUAGAAAGAUGUUUGUGAUUCAACAGAUUCCCAACAGUAACCUCCUUCUUGUAGUGACUGACUCCACCUGUGACUGCAGCAUGUUUCCACCUGUCCUUCAAGAAGCCACAGAAGUCAAAUAUAAUGCAUCUGUCAAGUGUGACAGGAUGCGCUCUCAGAAACUCCGAAGACGCCCAGACACCUGCCACGCAUUUCAUCCAGAGGAAAAUGCCCAGGACUGUGGAGGUGCUGCAGAGAACUCAGCCUCGAUCAUCCUGCUCCUUUUGCCCCUGGGAACCUGGGAGCUGCUUCGGUGACAGCUCACAACCUUAACUACACUGGGGUAAACAAGGCUGCCUCUUCCUUGCGCAGAUGUUCCAGAAAACCAUGACUGAUUUGAGAUCCAGCCCGUCCCACGUGGGCUAUUGAAGCCUCCCUUUUUCAGAUGGAAAAUUACUGCAGACUGUUAGGCUAGGGAAAAAAGGCUCCUAAGAACCUCUUCCCAAGUACUAUCUGCUUCAAGGUUCAGAGUGGUUCUCAGGUAGCUCCCAGCUACCCACCCCUUCCUUAGUUAUGCAUGAAUAAAUACUGAUUUGACUGAAGUUUUCACUUCCAUUAAUUCACUUAGGUGCCAGGUUUCUGGCUUGAUCAAGGGAAGAAUUAACUAUUUUCAUUUGACAGGUUGUUUAGAGAAGCAAGUCACAGUUUUACAGAUACUGGGACAAGAAGACAGAACAACACAGAAGAAAUAUUACAGAAAAGACAAAAAUGCCACAGAAACUUCGAGGAAAGUAAAGCUUAUAUUGGGAUACAUCUCAUUAUCUGGGGUCUGUUCAAGUUCUUAUGGAUAUGGGUGUAGGAAGGGAUAUAUUUGUGCAGGUAGGAAGAGCAAAUGAAAAAGACCUAAGAAGGGCAAAAAACAAAUUUCUUUGGGUAAUGGCUAUACCACUCCAAAUGACAGUCUAAUAGUUGGAGAACUUCUAGACACAGCAUCAAUUCAAUAAACAUGUAUUGAACAUUAUGUGCUAGGUUCUGGAGAUACAAAGUCAAAAAUAAAAGUCCCUGCCUUUGAGAAUGAAAUUGAGUAAGGACAGUUUAGGCAGGAAAAAUAUCUGUACAUAGCCAAACAAAUACAACAUAUAUACAAUAAUUUCCAAGAGGUGGGAAUUUCCAAGAGAAGUUUGAACACGAAGGGCACUUUAUUAACAAUGGAGCAUUUGAUGUAAGAGGACACAGUGUUAGGACAGAGCAGAGUGGAGUAGGGACACAGAAAGCAUAAGGUUGCCAUGGGCACAAAUCCAGGGGAGUAUUGCUGGAGAGAGGAGCUUCACUUUAGGUGGCUUGCAACUCAGUGACAGAAAGAGUAACAAUGAUACUGAUUGAUCAGCAAGGGGGGAGGAAUGGAGGUGAAGGGAUCUUUGGUCUUCAACUAAUGGUUAGUAUACUUGUACCACCUAUCCCACUGAACUGCUGUGGAGAAAGCACUGUAUAAAUGAGAUUUUAGAAAAUUAUUUUGAAAAAAGACAUUUUCCUACUGAAUCUACUAAUAUACUGGCAGCUAAGUGGCACAGUGGAGAAAGUUGGGAAAAACAGUUUGAAUCCUUCAUUUCUUCAGACUGUGACUCUAGACUAACAAGUUAGCUAACUUCCUCUUACCUUGCUUUCCUCGUCAGUAAAAUGUAAAUGUAAAUAACUGUAUCUACUUCCCAGGGUUGCUGGAUGAUCAAAUGAGUAAAAUAUGUAAAAACACAUUGCAAAGUACUAUAUAAUAGUGGCUAUUAUUAAUACCCAUGGAUGCAGAUCUUUGUCCCCCCACAUCAAAACUAGAUAAGAACCAGGGUGGACUCUUGUGCAGAUUCCUAGGAACAAUUCAUAUAACUCAAUGAUUUAAUGGCACAAACAGCUGGAUGGGCAAAUGAGGAAAGAGGGGAAGGAAUUGAUCCUGAAGGUGGAUGGAUUUAUUAUAUGUUUAUGUACAAAGUGCAGUUGUGUAGUCCUACUCUUCCUAUUCUAUGGCAUUGUCUCCUAUUAACAUGCUAAUUCAUCCCUAUCCUAAAAAAUUAGGUUUCUCAAGUUCUAGGUCUAGUGAAGCAUAUCGUCCCAGCCCCACUCCCCACCAUCCUCAUGUAAUUCAGGUUAUACUAUGAUUUUUCCCUAGGCAUUUUUUUCACCAUCUUCAAGAAGUAUCCUAAUGCUGCCUCCUGAGGAAGGAAAUUUUUUGUAAUAUGUUUGCUUAUAAGGAGAAAACUGUAGUAACCGUGGUAACCACAGUAGAUCACACAGUAAGUAAAUCAGUUGUUUCAAGUGAGGGUGAAAAAACCCCUGGACUUUUUUGUAUAGUGAUCAUCCAAGAGCAGAAGAGCUUGAGUACUCAAAAUUGUUGGUGCCCCAAUGGUCUACAGAACAAUCAAAACUGGUUCCUGGGAUUUGGUCAUCAGUUAAUCAAGUUGUACAAUUCCAGCAAAUGAAUGUGUAUAUCUUUAAUCAUGUGUGUGUAUCUGUA